AGCUGGCAGAACCUACACGCAUGCGCAGUGCACUUGGGCAGGCUGCGCUUGGCCACUUCCUGCGAUGUGGCUCCACGGGAAAAAGUAGUCCGCUGCCGGGUCGCGUCAGCAAACUACGAUGAAAUCUGUCCUCGUCGCGGCGUUUUAUUUGCUCCAUUUCUGCGUUUUUGUUCGAGCGGACGACGACGCGAGACGACCAAAUAAAUGUGAAGUGUGCAAGUUUCUCACCGUGGAGCUCCAGGAAGCUUUGGGAAGAAGCAGCCGCUCCAAGGAAGUGCUGGAGGUGGGAGAAGUGCUCCAGACCGGCAAGAGGAGAAGAACCAUCGAGUACAACACCUCGGAGAUCCGCCUCACGGAGGCCGUGGACAACAUAUGCGAGCGCAUCCUGGAGUAUCGCGUCCACGAUGAGCGCCAGGGCAGCCUGCGCUACUCCAAGGGUUCCAGCCAGACCGUGACGGAGCUGAAGAACCUGGUCCGCCGAGGCGUCAAAGUGGAUUUGGGCCUGCCGUACGAGCUGUGGGACGAGCCGUCCGCGGAGGUGGCGGACAUGAAGAAACAGUGCGAGAUCAUGUUGGAGCAGUACGAAGACGUAGUGGAGGUCUGGUACUUCCGGCAUCAGGACCAGAAGCUGGAGGACUUCCUGUGCAAGAGGCACGUCCUCGGCGCCGACGAGAGAGAAUGUCUCGAGGAGGUGCGGAAAGGAGACGCGGCGAGCGGCGACGCCCCAAAGACGGCGAGACUUGCCGGCGAACUUUGACCCGCCGCGUGAACGUCUUGGAAAUUCUGCAAUCACCUGGCCGACGGCAAAUGGAAUCUGUGGAGCAAAGCAAAUUUAUUUAUGUCGCGCAUUUCAUAGGUUUCAAGGUCACUCGGUGACUCGUGUGAUGACGAGCGUUUAAAAACAAAAAGUUUUACAGCUUUAAAAUGCAUAUUUCAUUCCAAAAAUAUCACAUUUUUUGUAACAUAGCACACCUUAUUCACAUGGUGAAAGGCAAAACCAGUCAUAACAUAGGUAGCCACAAGGGGGCGUCAUCGUCAAAUGAAACUUAAAAUGCUCUCCAUUUAAUUUUGUCAUGUUAAAAAAAAAAAAAGAUUCAAUUCAUUCGACCACACAGGUUAUAAAAUAACUCUUACGAAACAUAAAUAUUAAAUAUUGCGAAUCUUUUUGUUUUAGCUAAACAGAGCAAUUCUACAUAGCAAAAGAAUAAAAAGGCAUAUGAAUUUCAUUUGCUCAUCGGUUGCAUAUUAUAUAUAAUAUCGUUAAGUGACAUCGAUUAUUUGAAGAGGGAAAUGUCUUUUUAUCUAUGUUGUGUUCUUCAUUUUUCACCUGAAGGAUCAAAAAUAAAUCCCAUGACGACGAUCGUUAAAUGUUUAGUCGUCAUAAAUAAUGUCUCAAAAUCAUUUUGUACACUUGUUUCAAUUUUGCGCGGGUAAAAAGUGGAUUUUUGCCUCACAAUGGUUUUUUUUUGUACAUUUAAUUUUCAUAGUUUCGAACCGAAUUCUGGCACACCUCAUCUGGCGACG